CUGUCCUCCAUGCUGCAUGGACUGUUACACUGCUGGGAUGAUGGAGUGACACUGUAAAGGAAAGAUGGCCUGUCAGAGACAUGAUAAACCAAACAGACUGAAGGAAGAGCUGAGCUGCAUGCUGGUUGGUGAUGGAGCUGUGGGGAAGACCAGCAUGAUCAUCAGCUACAUCUUCAAUGGAUACAACAGCGAGUACAGACAAACAGCGUUUGAUGUUUUCACUGGUUUGGUUCAUGUGAGUGGAAUUCCAGCUCGAAUCAAGCUGAUAGAUACUGCUGGACAGGAGGAGUUUGGCCACCUUCGCUCUCUGUGCUAUGCCCACGUGGACGUCUUCAUCCUCUGCUUCAGCCUGGUCAACCCCGUCUCUUUUGACAACAUCACCUCUAAAUGGAUCCCACAGAUCAGAGCCGGCAACCCGACCUCUCCCAUCGUCCUGGUUGGAACUCAGUCAGACCUUUGCCACAAUGUGGACGUCCUCAUUCAUCUGGACGAGCGUAACACCAAACCAGUGCACUUCAGGCGGGCCAGAAGGCUGUCACGCAGGAUCAGAGCUCAUGGCUACGUGGAGUGUUCAGCUCUGACACAGCACAACCUCAAAGAUGUGUUUGACUGUGCUAUAUUUGCUGCCAUCAAGCACAAGAGCACUGGCACCAAAUCUAAAAAGCUCAGCCUGCUGAAACGUUUGAAGACUUUUUGUGAUUGUGGAUGGAGGAAAAUCUCCAGAUUCAUCUGAUGUGGAACCAAAGAGUGGAUUAACUGUCGCUACUGUGAUUAGUGGAGGCAGUUUUUUGGGGGAUUCUUAUGACAAAUCAUGCAUUUAUAUCAAACUAUUUCUCCACAGAAUAUGAACUGUACAACCUGCACUGACAUGCAUUCAAAUGUGACAGUAUCUAUCCAACAUUGCUGUAUUAAGAAGGCUUUAUAUUCUGCUCUUUUUUAUCUUCUCUUUCCUUCAUCUCCUUUAUUUGUUGCUGUUGUCCAUAUUUCUGUGUGUAUGUGUGUCAAAGGUUUGUAAUAAAUGCACUACAGCUUAAAACA